AUGGGGCUGCCACUAGCCCGCCUGGUGGCCCUCUGCCUGACUCUGACCUGGGCCGGGGGCUCAGAGCUCCGGAGAGAAGGCAGGACCCGGAACCACGGCCACAGCGUCUGCAGCACAUGGGGCGACUCCCACUACAAGACCUUCGACGGAGACAUCUUCCGCUUCCCCGGGCUGUGCGACUACAACUUCGCCUCUGACUGCCGGGACGCCUACCAGGAGUUCGCUGUGCACCUGAAACGGGGCCCCGGCCGCAGUGGGGGCCACCCCCAGGUCGAGUACAUCCUGCUGACCAUCAAGGAUGACACCAUCUACCUCACCAGCCAGAUCACUGUGGUGAACGGUGCCAUGGUCAGCAGCCCGCACUACAGCUCGGGGCUGCUCAUCGAGAAGAGUGACGCCUACACCAAGGUCUAUUCCCGUGCUGGCCUCACGCUCAUGUGGAACCGGGAGGACUCGGUCAUGCUGGAGCUGGACAGUAUGUUCCGGAACCACACGUGUGGCCUCUGCGGUGACUACAACGGUCUGCAGACCUACUCUGAGUUCCUCUCCGAUGGCGUGCGCUUCAGUCCCAUCGAGUUUGGGAACAUGCAGAAGAUCGACAAGCCCGAGGAGGUGUGCGAUGGCCCCCAGGAGGUGCCGACCCCCCCGUCCUGCUCUGAGCACCGCGCCGAGUGCGAGAGGCUGCUGACGGACGCGGCCUUCGAGGACUGCCGGGACCUGGUGCCGCUGGAGCUGCACGUGCAGGCCUGCAUGCAGGACCGCUGCCAGUGCCCGCAUGGCACCUCCUGCGUCUGCAGCACCAUCGCCGAGUUCUCCCGCCAGUGUUCCCACGCCGGGGGCAGGCCGCGGAACUGGAGGACCGCCUCGCUCUGCCCUAAGAGCUGCCCCGCGACCAUGGUUUACCUGGAGAGCGGCUCGCCCUGCAUGGACACCUGCUCACACCUGGAGGUCAGCAGCCUGUGCGAGGAGCAUCGCAUGGACGGCUGUUUCUGCCCAGAAGGCACGGUGUACGAUGACAUCAAGGGUGGCGGCUGCAUCCCCGUGAACCAGUGUCACUGCAAGCUGCACGGACACCUGUACGCGCCUGGCCAACAGAUCACCAACAACUGCGAGCAGUGUGUCUGCAACGCCAGUCGCUGGGUGUGCCAGGACCUGCAGUGCCCCAGGACCUGUGCCCUGGAGGGCGGCGCCCACAUCACCACCUUCGACGGGAGGAAGUACACGUUCCACGGGGACUGCUACUACGUGCUGACCAAGGGCGCCCACAACGACUCCUAUGCCAUCCUGGGCGAGCUGACCCCCUGCGGCUCCACCGACAAGCAGACCUGCCUGAAGACGGUGGUGCUGCUGGCUGACAACAAGAAGAACGUGGUGGCCUUCAAGUUGGACGGCACCGUCCUGCUGAAUGAGCUGCAGGUGAACCUGCCCCACGUGACGGCGAGCUUCUCCAUCUUUCAACCGUCCUCCCACCACCUCGUCGUGACCACCGCCUUCGGCCUCAGGCUGCAGGUCCAGCUGGUGCCGGUCAUGCAGCUCUUCGUGACGCUGGACCAUGCCGCCCAGGGGCUGGUGCAGGGCCUCUGCGGGAACUACAACGGCCUCGAAGGUGACGACUUCAAGACGGCAGGUGGGCUGGUGGAGGCCACGGGUGCCGGCUUCGCCAACACCUGGAAGGCGCAGUCGAGCUGCCACGACAAGCUGGACUGGCUGGAUGACCCCUGCUCCCUGAACAUCGAGAGCGCCAACUACGCUGAGCACUGGUGCUCCCUGCUGAAGAAGGCGGAGACCCCGUUCGGCAAGUGCCACUCCGCCGUGGACCCAGCCGAGUACUACAAGAGGUGCAAAUACGACACGUGCAACUGCCAGAGCACGGAGAACUGCAUGUGCGCGGCCCUGUCCUCCUACGCCCGCGCCUGCGCCAUCAAGGGCGUCAUGCUGUGGGGCUGGCGGGAGCGCGUCUGCAACAAGGACGUGGACUCCUGCCCCAGGUCGCAAGUCUUCCUGUACAACCUGACCACCUGCCAGAAGACCUGCCGCUCGCUGUCCGAGCCUGACACCCGCUGUCUCAAGGGCUUCGCGCCCGUGGACGGCUGCGGCUGCCCCGACCACACCUUCCUGGACCAGAAGGGCCGCUGCGUGCCCCUGGCCGAGUGCUCCUGCUACCACAGUGGCCUCUACCUGGAGGCGGGCAAGGUCAUCCUGAGGCAGGAGGAGCGAUGCGUUUGCCGAAACGGGAGGCUGCACUGCCUGCAGGUCAAGCUGCUCGGCCAGCGCUGUACGGCCCCGAAGAUCCACGUCGACUGCAACAACCUGACGGCGCUGGCCAUCCGGAACCCCAGGCCCGUCAGCUGCCAGACGCUGGCUGCCGGCUACUACCGGACGGAGUGCGUCAGCGGCUGCGUGUGCCCCGAGGGGCUGGUUGACGAUGGCCGGGGCGGCUGCGUGGUGGAGGAGGCGUGCCCGUGUGUGCACAACAACGAUCUGUACUCCCCCGGCGACAAGAUCAGGGUGGAUUGCAACACCUGCACCUGCCAGAAAGGGCGCUGGGCCUGCACCCAGUCCGUGUGCCACGGCACCUGUGCCAUCUAUGGGAACAGCCACUACAUCACCUUCGAUGGGAAGUACUAUGACUUCGACGGACACUGCUCCUACGUGGCCGUUCAGGACUACUGUGGCCAGAACUCCUCACUGGGGUCCUUCAGCAUCAUCACCGAGAAGGUCCCCUGUGGCACCACGGGCGUCACCUGCUCCAAGGCCAUCAAGAUCUUCAUAGGGCGGACGGAGCUAAAGCUGGAGGACAAACACCGCAUGGUGAUACAGCGUGACGCGGGCCGCCACGUGGCCUACACCACGCGGGAAGUGGGCCAGUACCUGGUGGUGGAGGCCAGCGUCGGCAUCAUCGUCAUCUGGGACAAGAGGACCACCAUCUUCAUCAAGCUCGCCCCCUCCUACAAGGGCACUGUGUGUGGCCUGUGUGGGAACUUUGACCAGCGAUCCAGCAACGACUUCACCACGCGGGACCACAUGGUGGCGGAGGGUGGGCUGGACUUCGGGAACAGCUGGAAGGCGGCCCCCACCUGUCCGGACGUGAACACCAUCCCCGAGCCGUGCACCCUGAAGCCGCACCGCCGCUCCUGGGCCGAGAAGCAGUGCAGUAUCAUCAAGGGCCCAGUCUUCGGGGUCUGCCACAGCAAGGUGGACCCCAAGCCCUUCUACGAGGCCUGCGUCCACGACACGUGCUCCUGCGACACGGGCGGAGACUGUGAGUGCUUGUGCUCUGCCGUGGCCGCCUACGCCCAGGAGUGCACCAAGGAGGGGGCCUGCGUGUUCUGGAGGAGGCCCGACCUGUGCCCCAUAUUCUGUGACUACUACAACCCCCCGGACGAGUGUCAGUGGCAUUACGAGCCCUGCGGGAACCGCAGCUUCGAGACGUGCAGGACGGUCAGCGGCAUCCACUCCAACAUCUCCGUGUCCUACCUGGAGGGCUGCUACCCCCGGUGCCCUAAGGAAAGUCCCAUCUACAACGAGGACCUGAAGAAGUGUGUCACACGGGACCAAUGUGGUUGCUACAUCGGGGACAUUCACUACCCACCUGGAACGUCUGUGCCCACGGAGCAGAUCUGCCACUCUUGCGUGUGUGACAACUCCUCGCAAGUUGUCUGCCGGCCAAAAAACGGGACGAUUCUCAACAAAACCGAGGACAGCCCCUUCUGCUACUGGGAAAUCUGUGACGUCAACGGGACGGUGCAGAAGCACUUCAACAUCUGCGUGUACACCCCACCACCCUCGUCCCCCUCAACGCCCGCCACCACCGCCUCUGUCACCCCCAUCACGCCCUCCACCACCACGAGCACCACUCCGACCACCAGUACAGAGACACCCUCAAUGUCAUCUCCCUCGUCAGCAGCUCAGAGUAAGUCACGGCUAUGCUGCUUCUGGUCCGACUGGAUCAACGACGACCAUCCCAGGAUCGGCAGUGACGGUGGAGACCGAGAGACGUUCAACCGUGUCUGCAGGGCCCCCAAGGAUAUCGAGUGCAGGGUGGCCGUAGAGCCCCACCUCAGCUGGCAGGAGCUGGGCCAGGAGGCUCAGUGCAAUGUCUCCUUCGGGUUCAUCUGCAAGAACGAAGACCAGUUUCGAAAUGGACCUUUUGGAGUCUGCUAUGACUACGAGAUACGAGUCUAUUGUUGCCUGCUGAUGGAUGAGUGUCCCACGACCCCGGUCACGAUCCCCACCACCACCCCGUCAACCACCCCACCCAUCACCACCCCCACCACCACCCCACCCACCACCCCAUCCACCCCACCCACCACCACCCCGUCAACCACCCCACCCACCACCACCCCCACCACCACCCCCACCACCACCCCACACACCACCCCACCCACGCCACCCACCACCACCCCCACCACCCCACACACCACCACCCCCACCACAACCCCAGCCACCACCACCCCCACCACAAUAGGGACUCCAACUCCAACCACUCCAGAGACCCCAACCACAACACCCACCACCACUUCAACUGGGACUCCAACGUCCACCACUCCAGAGACCCCAACCACAACACCCAGCACCACUUCAACUGGGACUCCAACUCCGACCCCCACCACAACCUCAACAGAGACUCCAACUCCAACCACUCCAGAGACCCCAACCACAACACCCACCACCACUUCAGCUGGAACUCCAACUCCGACCCCCACCACAACCUCAACAGAGACUCCAACUCCAACCACUCCAGAGACCCCAACCACAACACCCAGCACCACUUCAACUGGAACUCCAACUUCCACCACUCCAGAGACCCCAACCACAACACCCACCACCACUUCAACUGGAACUCCAACUCCGACCCCCACCACAACCUCAACAGAGACUCCAACCACUCCAGAGAUCCCAACCACAACACCCAGCACCACUUCAACUGGGACUCCAACUUCCACCGCUCCAGAGACCCCAACCACAACACCCACCACCAUUUCAACUGGAACUCCAACUCCGACCCCCACCACAACCUCAACAGAGACUCCAACUCCAACCACUCCAGAGACCCCAACCACAACACCCACCACCACUUCAACUGGAACUCCAACUCCGACCCCCACCACAACCUCAACAGAGACUCCAACUCCAACCACUCCAGAGACCCCAACCACAACACCCACCACCACUUCAACUGGAACUCCAACUCCGACCCCCACCACAACCUCAACAGAGACUCGAACCACUCCAGAGACCCCAACCACAACACCCACCACCACUUCAACUGGGACUCCAACUCCCACCCCCACCACAACCUCAACAGAGACACCAACCCCGACCACUACAGAGAUCCCAACCACAACACCCACCACCACUUCAACUGGAACUCCAACUUCCACCACUCCAGAGACCCCAACCACAACACCCACCACCACUUCAACUGGGACUCCAACUCCGACCCCCACCACAACCUCAACAGGGACUCCAACUCCAACCACCUCAGAGACACCAACCACAACACCCAGCACCACUUCAACUGGGACUCCAACUCCGACCCCCAGCACAACCUCAACAGAGACUCUGACUCCAACCACUCCAGAGACCCCAACCACAACACCCACCACCACUUCAACUGGAACUCCAACUUCCACCACUCCAGAGACCCCAACCACAACACCCAGCACCACUUCAACUGGAACUCCAACUUCCACCACUCCAGAGACCCCAACCACAACACCCAGCACCACUUCAACUGGAACUCCAACUUCCACCACUCCAGAGACCCCAACCACAACACCCACCACCACUUCAACUGGAACUCCAACUCCGACCCCCACCACAACCUCAACAGAGACUCCAACCACUCCAGAGACCCCAACCACAACACCCACCACCACUUCAACUGGGACUCCAACUCCCACCCCCACCACAACCUCAACAGAGACACCAACCCCGACCACUACAGAGAUCCCAACCACAACACCCACCACCACUUCAACUGGAACUCCAACUUCCACCACUCCAGAGACCCCAACCACAACACCCACCACCACUUCAACUGGGACUCCAACUCCGACCCCCACCACAACCUCAACAGGGACUCCAACUCCAACCACCUCAGAGACCCCAACCACAACACCCAGCACCACUUCAACUGGGACUCCAACUCCGACCCCCAGCACAACCUCAACAGAGACUCCGACUCCAACCACUCCAGAGACCCCAACCACAACACCCACCACCACUUCAACUGGAACUCCAACUUCCACCACUCCAGAGACCCCAACCACAACACCCAGCACCACUUCAACUGGAACUCCAACUUCCACCACUCCAGAGACCCCAACCACAACACCCACCACCAUUUCAACUGGGACUCCAACUCCCACCCCCACCACAACCUCAACAGAGACUCCAACUCCAACCACUCCAGAGACCCCAACCACAACACCCACCACCACACCCACCACCACGGUGACCAACAUCUCCUGCAGGGCCACCAUGUUUCCCAAAGUUCCCCUCCAAGAGCUUGGACAAAACGUGGUGUGUAACACCUCUGUUGGGCUCAUGUGCAAAAACCAAGACCAGAAGCCAGGGGGAGCCAUCUCCACAACUUACUGCCUCAACUAUGAGAUCAAUGUCUACUGCUGCGCUCUUCCAUUUAACUGUGUCCCCAGAACUUCGACCACCACCACAGAGACCCCAACUACGACCCCCACCGCUACUUCAACAGAGAGUCCAACCACGACGCCCACCACCACCGAGACCACAACCCCCACCACUACCACACCUACAACCACAGAGACCUCAACACCAACACACACCACCAUGGUGACCCCAACACCGCCACCGACCACAACCUCAACAGAGACUCCAACCACGACCCCUACCGCGACUUCAACAGAGACCCUAACACCAACACCAACCACCACUUCAACUGGGACUCCAUCUCCGACCCCCAGGACAACCACAAGAGAGACUCCAACCACUCCAGAAACCCCAACCACAACACCCACCACCACUUCAACUGGAACUCCAACUUCCACCACUCCAGAGACCCCAACCACGACACCCAGCACCACUUCAACUGGAACUCCAACUUCCACCACUCCAGAGACCCCAACCACAACACCCACCACCACUUCAACUGGGACUCCAACUCCCACCCCCACCACAACCUCAACAGAGACUCCAACCCAGACCACUACAGAGAUCCCAACCACAACCCCCAGCACCACUUCAACUGGAACUCCAACUUCCACCACUCCAGAGACCCCAACCACAACACCCACCACCACUUCAACUGGGACUCCAACUCCGACCCCCACCACAACCUCAACAGAGACUCCAACUCCAACCACUCCAGAGACCCCAACCACAACACCCACCACCACUUCAACUGGGACUCCAACUCUGACCCCCAGCACAACCUCAACAGAGACUCCAACUCCAACCACUCCAGAGACCCCAACCACAACACCCAGCACCACUUCAACUGGAACUCCAACUUCCACCACUCCAGAGACCCCAACCACAACACCCAGCACCACUUCAACUGGAACUCCAACUUCCACCACUCCAGAGACCCCAACCACAACACCCACCACCACUUCAACUGGGACUCCAACUCCCACCCCAACCACAACCUCAACAGAGACUCCAACCCCGACCACUACAGAGAUCCCAACCACAACACCCACCACCACUUCAACUGGAACUCCAACUUCCACCACUCCAGAGACCCCAACCACAACACCCACCACCACUUCAACUGGAACUCCAACUCCGACCCCCACCACAACCUCAACAGAGACUCCAACUCCAACCACUCCAGAGACCCCAACCACAACACCCACCACCACUUCAACUGGAACUCCAACUCCGACCCACACCACAACCUCAACAGAGAUGCCAACCACUCCAGAGACCCCAACCACAACACCCAGCACCACUUCAACUGGAACUCCAACUUCCACCACUCCAGAGACCCCAACCACAACACCCAGCACCACUUCAACUGGAACUCCAACUUCCACCACUCCAGAGACCCCAACCACAACACCCAGCACCACUUCAACUGGACCUCCAACUUCCACCACUCCAGAGACCCCAACCACAACACCCACCACCAUUUCAACUGGGACUCCAACUCCCACCCCCACCACAACCUCAACAGAGACUCCAACUCCAACCACUCCAGAGACCCCAACCACAACAUCCACUACCACUUCAACUGGAACUCCAACUUCCACCACUCCACAGACCCCAACCACAACACCCACCACCACUUCAACUGGGACUCCAACUCCGACCCCCACCACAACCUCAACAGAGACUCCAACUCCAACCACUCCAGAGACCCCAACCACAACACCCACCACCACUUCAACUGGAACUCCAACUCUGACCCCCACCACAACCUCAACAGAGACUCCAACUCCAACCACUCCAGAGACCCCAACCACAACACCCACCACCACUUCAACUGGAACUCCAACUCCGACCCCCACCACAACCUCAACAGAGACUCCAACUCCAACCACUCCAGAGACCCCAACCACAACACCCAGCACCACUUCAACUGGAACUCCAACUUCCACCACUCCAGAGACCCCAACCACAACACCCACCACCACUUCAACUGGAACUCCAACUUCCACCACUCCAGAGACCCCAACCACAACACCCAGCACCACUUCAACUGGACCUCCAACUUCCACCACUCCAGAGACCCCAACCACAACACCCACCACCAUUUCAACUGGGACUCCAACUCCCACCCCCACCACAACCUCAACAGAGACUCCAACUCCAACCACUCCAGAGAUCCCAAUCACAACACCCACCACCACUUCAACUGGAACUCCAACUCCGACCCCCACCACAACCUCAACAGAGACUCCAACUCCAACCACUCCAGAGACCCCAACCACAAUACCCACCACCACUUCAACUGGAACUCCAACUCCGACCCACACCACAACCUCAACAGAGACUCCAACUCCCACCACUCCAGAGACCCCAACCACAACACCCACCACCACUUCAACUGGAACUCCAACUCCGACCCCCACCACAACCUCAACAGAGACUCCAACUCCAACCACUACAGAGACCCCAACCACAACACCCACCACCACUUCAACUGGGACUCCAACUCCUACCCCCAGCACAACCUCAACAGAGACUCCAACUUCCACCACUCCAGAGACCCCAACCACAACACCCAGCACCACUUCAUCUGGAACUCCAACUUCCACCACUCCAGAGACCCCAACCACAACACCCACCACCACUUCAACUGGAACUCCAACUUCCACCACUCCAGAGACCCCAACCACAACACCCAGCACCACUUCAAUUGGAACUGCAACUUCCACCACUCCAGAGACCCCAACCACAACACCCACCACCACUUCAACUGGGACUCCAACUCCGACCCCCACCACAACCUCAACAGAGACACCAACCCCGACCACUACAGAGAUCCCAACCACAACACCCACCACCACUUCAACUGGAACUCCAACUUCCACCAUUCCAGAGACCCCAACCACAACACCCACCACCACUUUAACUGGAACUCCAACUCCGACCCCCAGCACAACCUCAACAGAGACUCCAACUUCCACCACUCCAGAGACCCCAACCACAACACCCACCACCACUUCAACUGGGACUCCAACUCCCACCCCCACCACAACCUCAACAGAGACUCCAACUCCAACCACUCCGGAGACCGCAACCACAACACCCACCACCACACCCACCACCACCACACCCACCAGCACCACCACCACAACCCCAGCCACCACCACCCCCACCACCCCACACACCACCCCAUCCACCCCCACACACACCGCCCCACCCACCACCACCCCCAGCACCCCGCCCACCACCACACUGACAACCUCCACAGAGCCAGUAUCCACUGAGUGUUUGCCACACUGCCAAUGGACUGGCUGGGAGGAUUCUAGAAAACCAAACUUUACCAGAGAAGGUGGAGACGUUGAGUCCCUUGAGAACUUCUGUAAUUUGGGCAGGGUGACCAACAUCUCCUGCAGGGCCACCAUGUUUCCCAAAGUUCCCCUCCAAGAGCUUGGACAAAACGUGGUGUGUAACACCUCUGUUGGGCUCAUGUGCAAAAACCAAGACCAGAAGCCAGGGGGAGCCAUCUCCACAACUUACUGCCUCAACUAUGAGAUCAAUGUCUACUGCUGCGCUCUUCCAUUUAACUGUGUCCCCAGAACUUCGACCACCACCACAGAGACCCCAACUACGACCCCCACCGCUACUUCAACAGAGACUCCAACCACGACGCCCACCACCACCGAGACCACAACCCCCACCACUACCACACCUACAACCACAGAGACCCCAACACCAACACACACCACCAUGGUGACCCCAACACCGCCACCGACCACAACAACAGAGACUCCAACCACGACCCCUACCACGACUUCAACAGAGACCCUAACACCAACACCCACCACCACUUCAACUGGGACUCCAACUCCGACCCCCAGCACAACCCCAACAGAGACUCCAACCACUACAGAGACCCCAACCACAACACCCACCAUGACCACAACAGGGCCUCCAACUCCGACCACUACAGAGACCCCAACCACAACACCCAGCACCACUUCAACUGGAACUCCAACUUCCACCACUCCAGAGACCCCAACCACAACACCCACCACCACUUCAACUGGGACUCCAACUCCCACCCCCACCACAACCUCAACAGAGACUCCAACUCCAACCACUACAGAGACCCCAACCACAACACCCACCACCACUUCAACUGGGACUCCAACUCCGACCCCCAGCACCACCUCAACAGAGACUCCAAGUCCGACCACUACAGAGACCCCAACCACAACACCCACUACCACCUCAACAGAGACUCCAACUCCGACCACUACAGAGACCCCAACCACAACACCCACCACCACUUCAACUGGAACUCCAACUCCGACCGCCACCACCACAGAGACAAUCCCCACCGCUGCCAGAACCACAGAGACCCCAACACCAAUAACCACCACCACAGUGAUCCCAACACCACCACUGACCACCACCUCCACAGCGACUCCAACUCCGACCCUCACUAUUAGCACCACCUCCACAGAGACUCCAACACCUACACCCACCAUAACAGAGACCCCAACUCCAGCCUCCACCACCACAGAAACCCCCUCCCCCACCACUACCACAACCACAGAGACUCCAACCCCACCUCCCAACAUUAGCACUACCAGCAGCACAUCACAAUCUCUUCCUACGUCCUCCCCUCCAACCUCCCAGUCCACCUCUCCCUCUUCCACGGAAUCUACCACGCUUGUGACCACCACCCCAACAACUGAGGAGACAUACAGCACACCACAGACCCUAGCAUCGACAGAACCAGCCAUCAGUACAACAGGAGGCACCACGCCCUCUCCACCUACACCUGGCACCACCCCUCCAGUGAGAGCGUUCCCCAAGAAGGCUCCAGGAGGGCUCGCCUGCCUCUCCUGCCCCAAAGUCCCGCUGCUGAGCAUUCAGGGAGCUGCUGACCCCGCAGUACGUCUUUCCUCGGGCAUGGCUGCCUGUGGCCACGAUGGGCUACGCUCGCCAACCUCGGGUCCCACCUCCUCGAAGACCACUCCCACCCACGGAACCACGACUGGGCCCCCUUCAUCCACCACAGGGCCCCCUUCCACACCCACACCCACUCCCAAGACUGUGUCAACGACUUCCACGGGAACUUCCACACCAAUAGGACACUCGUCGACCAUGCCACCCACGCCACAGACCACCAGCACCUUGACCUCCAGUGUGACCACCCCCACGGUGAUCCCAUUAACCUCACCCAACAUCACCACGAGCGUCUCAGUCUCCACCGCCACCCAGAGGAUAUGCUGCUAUUUGAAUGACACGUAUUAUGCCCCAGGUGAGCUGGUGUACAACAGCACACAAGGAGACACCUGCUACUACGUGAACUGCUCGCUGGAGUGCACCCUCGAGAUCUUCAACUGGUCCUGCCCAUCCACACCCUCCCCAACUCCCAGCCCAUCCAUACCCACCACUCGGCCAUCCAUGGCAUCCAGUGUGCCGUCCACCACCAAGCCCCCUGCAUGCCUGGACUUCGAUCCUCCCAGACAGGAGAACGAGGCCUGGUGGCUGUGUAACUGCACCAUGGCCAUCUGCAAGUACAACAACACCGUGGAGCUCGUGGAGGUGAAGUGCGACCCCCCACCCAUGCCCACCUGCUCCAACGGCCUCAUGCCAGUGCGCGUCGAGGACCCCGACAAGUGCUGCUGGCACUGGGAGUGUGACUGCUACUGCACGGGCUGGGGGGACACGCACUACGCCACCUUCGAUGGGCUCUACUACAGCUACCAGGGCAACUGCACGUACGUGCUGGUGGAGGAGAUCACCCCCACCAUAGACAACUUCGGGGUCUACGUCGACAACUACCACUGUGACGUCAGCAGCCAAGUGUCCUGCCCCCGCGCGCUCAUCGUGCGCCACGAGACCCAGGAGGUGCUGAUCAAGACCGUGCACACGAUGCCCAUGAGGGCGCAGGUGCAGGUCAACAGGCAGGCUGUGGCGCUGCCCUAUAAGAAGUACGGGCUGCAGGUGUACCAGUCAGGCAUCAAGUACGUGGUGGACAUCCCUGAGCUGGGCGCCCUCAUCUCCUACGACAGCCUUUCCUUCUCCAUCCGGCUGCCCUACCACCGGUUCAGCAACAACACGAAGGGCCGGUGUGGCACGUGCACCAACAACACCUCAGAUGACUGCAUGCUGCCCAGCGGGGAGGUCGUCGCCAGCUGUGAGGUUGCGGCUGACCACUGGGUGGUGAAUGACCCCUCGGAGCCGCACUGUCCCCACAGGGGCUUCACCACCGAGCGACCGGCCACCUGGCCGUCGGUGGGCAGCAGCACGACCACCAGGACGGGCUCUCCGUCUCCACUCUGCGAGCUCAUCAAGGACAGCUUGUUCGCCCCGUGCCACGCUGUGGCAUCCCCCAAGCACUACUACGAAGCCUGCAUAUCCGACAGCUUCACUGUGCCCGACUCAAGCCUGGAGUGUGCCAGCCUGCAGACCUACGCAGCCCUCUGUGCCCAGGAGGGCAUCUGUGUCGACUGGCGGAGCCACACUGGCGGAGCCUGCCUGGUGACGUGCCCGGAGCACCGAGAGUACCGGGCCUGUGGUCCCGUGGAGGAGCCCACCUGCAAGUCCAGCCACACCCAGGCAAAGAGCCCACGCCUGGUGGAAGGCUGCUUCUGUCCCAAGGGCACCACCAGCUACGCGUCCGGCUUCGACGUCUGCGUGGGCCUGUGCGGCUGCGUGGGGCCCGACAACUUGCCCAGAGAGUUUGGGGAGCACUUCGAGUUCGACUGCAAGGACUGCAUCUGCCUGGAGGGGGGCAGCGGCAUCAUCUGCAGGCCCAAGACAUGCCGCCCGGUACCCUUUGUGGAGUGCAAGGAGGACGGCACCUACACUGUCACAGAGGUCGACCCCGCCAACACCUGCUGCAACAUCACCUCCUGCGCCUGCAACCCCAGCCUGUGUAGGGGGAAGCCCCCGCUGUGCCCGCUGGGCUUCGAGGUGAAGAGCGAGAUGGUCCCUGGGAGGUGCUGCCCCUUCUACUCGUGUGUGCCCAAGGGCGUGUGUGUUUUCAGGGACGCUGAGUACCAGCCCGGUUCUGCAGUCUUCUCCUCCAAGUGCGAGAACUGCAUGUGCACCAAACACAGACACAACGCCACGCAGCUCAACAACAUCUCCUGCACCCACGUGCCUUGCAACACCUCCUGCAACCGCGGCUUUGAGCUGGUGGACGUCCCCGGCGAGUGUUGCAAGAAGUGCCAGCAGACCCAGUGCAUCAUCGUCAUCGACCGGCCCGGCAGCCAGAACCUGGUCCUGAAGCCCGGGGACAUGAAGAGAGACCCCCUGAACAACUGUACCUUCUUCAGCUGCAUGAAGAUACAUGGCCAGUUCAUCUCAUCCGUCUCCAAAAUCACCUGCCCCGACUUUGACCCCAGCACCUGCCUCCCGGGCUCCAUCACACUCAUGCCCAAUGGCUGCUGCAGGAAAUGCCUCCCUCGCAAUGAGACCAGGAUCUUCUGCUCCACCGUCCCCGUCGUCAGGGAGAUUUCGCACAACGGCUGUACCAAGUUGGUCACCAUGAACGAUUGCUCCGGGUCCUGCGAGACCUUCGCCAUGUACUCGGCCAAGGCCCAGUCCCUGGACCACAGCUGCUCCUGCUGCAAGGAGCAGAGCACCAGCCAGAGGGAGGUGAUGCUGCAGUGCCCGGGCGGGGGCUUGCUCCGUCACACCUACACCCACAUCGACAGCUGUCUGUGCCAGGACACCGUGUGCGAGCUGCCCCCCCAGCGCAGGGCCCGGCGCUCUGGCCCCAGGGACCUGGGCCCGGGGCGGGGGUGAGUGGGGGGCGCUCGGCCACCUGUGCCCCGCCUCCACCGUCCGUACACCCCCUCCCACUGACCCUCUGAGCUUCCUCGCCUCCUAAGCUGACCUUCUCUCUGCGGAUAUUUAUUUUCCAAGCC